CCUUUCACUGGUCCCAGUACUAGCACUUACUAGACAGUGCUUAGCAGGUUGUGGUGCCCUUCCCGAUUCCCGUCCUUAAAAUAUCCUGCUUACCUCCAUUCUUCAGGAUUCGCCUCGACGGCAGCCAAAGGUGAGAUGCUGAACCAGGGGAAUUGCAGUAGCAAAGUUCGCGUUCUGCUGAAGCUCAGAGCCACUGAGUCGCCGCGAGCUCGCACGUGCUGGCAUUCCGGGAUAGGCAUCGGCGUCGGACUGAAUGACUAAGCCGCCUAUUGCGGCCCUCCGACUGGCCACCGGCAUGCAAAACCGUACGGUACCGUACGGUACUCCCGUCUGCCCGCACCCACUGCCACCCAGGCGAGCUUUCCGCGCCUUUUUUCACUGGGUGCCGUACCGUACAUACGGUACCAUCCCAGCAAGGGACCACUGCCUGCUGGCCACCAGACUGCGCACGAGCACCAGUAGUUGGACGAAGCCUGUGAGCCCAGCAGGCCAAUCAGCGCCGCGGGCCAUGGCGCGUGGGCUCCCAAGCACGCGACACCUCCCGGCCUGCCUUAUCACCGGUCGAUCAUCGGGAGCAGCAGCACCUCCUGGGCUCCCUGGGGGGGAGGAGGAGGAGGAGGGAGCGAAGGCAGACGUCGACUAUAUAUAUUCUGAGGCUGCUGUCCGGCGCUUGCCCGUUGGCUCUUUUCCCCCUCUUUGACGGCGUCGUUGCUAUCCCCCCUGUCAUUAUUGGGAUUAUUUCUCAUUAUCUUACCUAUUGAACUGGGGACUGAAUGACUGUCU